AUGCUAACCAUGCUUGGCUUCAACCAGGAAACAAGAGCUGCCGUGGCCAUCAAAUCCGUCGAACUAGAUCGCCUGAACAAGAAACUGAAAGAAAAUCUAUAUGGCGAAAUCCAGAUCCUCAAGACCCUCCGACACCCGCAUAUCGUUGCCCUUCAUGACUGUCUCGAAUCCGCUACACACAUUAAUCUUGUCAUGGAAUACUGCGAGCUCGGUGACCUUUCCCUCUUCAUCAAGAAACGUGACAAGCUCAUUACCCAUCCUGCCACCCACGACAUGGCCCGCAAGUAUCCCAGCGCCCCUGAUUCUGGCCUUCAUGAGGUUGUCAUCCGUCAUUUCCUCAAGCAGCUGGCUAGUGCCCUGGAAUUCCUACGGAGCAAGAACUACGUCCACCGAGAUGUUAAGCCCCAGAAUCUCCUUCUACUGCCGUCUCAAGCAUUUCGGGAAAAGCGAAACCUCCCCAUCAUGGAGGCAAGCCAGGACUCCUUAAUACCCAUGUCUGGCAUCGCUUCCCUACCGAUGCUGAAGCUUGCUGAUUUCGGAUUCGCCCGCGUAUUACCAUCAACGUCGCUCGCCGACACGCUUUGCGGCUCACCCCUGUACAUGGCCCCAGAGAUCCUCCGUUACGAACGGUACGACGCCAAAGCUGACCUGUGGUCCGUCGGUACUGUCCUGUAUGAAAUGAUUUCGGGGAAGCCCCCAUUCCGCGCCAGAAACCACGUCGAACUGCUGAGGAAGAUAGAAGCUGCCGAAGACGUCAUCAAGUUCCCUAAAGAAGUGACCAUUACGCCUGAAAUGAAAUCCCUAGUAAGAGGUUUACUCAAGAGGAGCCCCGUGGAGCGAAUGAGCUUUGAAAACUUCUUUGCCAACCCCGUCGUCGUCAACGAAAUCCCCGGACUGGUCGAGGAUGACAUCCCAAAGCCCGCUAGGCGUGAGCAGAGGACAGCUUCCCACGGACAGGCUGCGGCACCGUCACCACGCGUCGGAUCCCUGCGAAAUGGAGCCAUCGAGGCUGGGUCUGCUCGGUCAUCUCGAGAGCAGCUGCCUCGGUCAUCACCGAUAAUGGAAAACACCAGCGAAGGCCGACAUCGGCCGCAGUCUGGCGAGGUCCACAAACGGCCAAGCUCACCUCGAGAGACCGGGGCUGGUCUGGGCAUCCAGCGCCCACCACCGGCACCCCAUGCCGCAUCACUCCCAAAUCAUCCUAGGAUAUCCAAAACAUCUCUGCAUAACACCUCGCCUCCUUCAUCUCUCAUCCAGGACAUUCGCAAGGCUCGAGUGCCGAGCGGCAAGGUUUUAACGGACGAAGAGGAAAAGGCCGCGCAGGAUGUCAUGUUUGAGAGAGACUAUGUGGUUGUGGAGAGAAGGCACGUCGAAGUAAACGCCCUUGCAGAUGAGCUGGCCGCCAACGAAAAGCUCGCAUCCCAAAGCCCUUCGUUUCUUAAAACAAGGCAGCUGGCUCGCCACUACUCACAGCAGGGAGCACCGACUUCCACCACCGGAGCCACUGCAGCUCCUGCAUCGCGAACGCAGCUUGUAGCACAGGGCCGAGCCCCCCAAGGCCGCCGCCCGUCAUGGGAGAAGGCCUUAUCUGCGAGCCCCGGAUCUGCUUCGAGUGCCAUAACCAAGGCCAUCCAAGAUGCCAGUUUGCGUCUUUUCGGAGUCAGGAUGCCCAUUCGGCCCAAGGGACAAUCCCCACCGAUGUAUCAUCCCUUCCCGGCAUAUCCGACGCCGCCAACUUCGGCGGGACUGAUCGCAGACGGGCGAAGCAUCCACUCGGAGGACGAAGAUGGCCGCUCUGCGCAGGCCAUCGAAGACUUUGCCACCCGAAGUGACUGCGUUUACGGGUUUGCCGAGGUCAAGUAUAAGCAGCUUGUUCCUAUGGCGCCAUCCACAAACCAUGGGCUUGGUGGCAUUGCAGCCGAGCAGAUGUCAGCAGAUGACGAUGGACUGACGGCAGAAGCCAUCGUGGCACUCUCCGAGGAGGCUUUGGUGCUUUAUGUGAAGUCGCUUUCUCUCCUGGCUCGGGCCAUGGACAUUGCCAGUAUCUGGUGGUCGAUGAAGAGCAAGGGAGAUGUCGCCAAUGGUCUUUCGGCAGCCGUAUCCCAGUCUAUAGUCCAGCGCAUCAACGCGGUUGUGCAGUGGGUGCGCCAACGCUUCAACGAAGUUCUGGAAAAGUCUGAGAUUGUACGCCUAAGGCUGAUUGAAGCUCAGAAACUGCUGCCAGAAGACCAUCCGAGCCACCCAUCAAACCAAGGAGUGGAUUCGAUUAUGUCUUCAACAGGGUCCGCAAUGAAACAGGUGUAUCUGACGCCAGGCAUCACUGCCGAAAGGCUAAUGUAUGAUCGGGCUCUCGAGAUGAGUCGAGCCGCGGCUAUUGACGAAGUCACAAACGAGAACUUGUCUGGCUGCGAGAUUUCAUACAUUACUGCCAUUCGCAUGCUUGAGGCUGUAUUGGACAGCGGCGAUGAUUCCAACUUCUCGAAAAAGGUGGCAUCUGGCAGCGAAAUCAUAAGGGAGAGUUGCACCGAUCUCGAGAGUGACGAGGAGGCUCAUAUCAAGAAAAUGAUUUCCAUGAUCUCUGGCAGGCUUUCCGUCGUCCGCAAGAAGCAGCGGCUCAUUGACGAAGCAAACGCCAAAGCACAAGCGAUAAACCGCCGACGCAGUGGCGAUGUUACGCCUCGCAGCCCCCUCUCACAAGGAUCUGCAUAA